GUAUAAACGAGUGAAACUGCACAGCAUGAAAUUGUGGUCAAGAUAGCAAAACAUUAAUGCUUUUUAUAAAUGAUACAUUGUGAUCCACGCCCCCCCUACAGGUUAUUUUGAUUGAUCAGGUUACAUGAAACGUACAAAAUGGGAAGGUGAACACACCAGAUGCUUUUCACCAUCAUGCUAUAUCAUUGUCAACAAUGAACUGUGAAUAUUUUGAAGUCUUGUUAAUUAUUUAUGGUAGGGUUGUAUCCUGGUUCUCUUGGUUAUCAAAACGCUUCGAGAAUAUUCAUUUUACAUGUUUGCAGAACUGUAUUCAGACAAGGAAUGGACAUAGUGUAACGACAGAAGACAACGGCCAGUUUUAUUGUUUCGAAAUUAUGCGAUCAGCUAUUUGGAUCUAUAUUUUAGCAUACUGUUUGUAUUGUCUCACAAUGAUUGAGGCUGGUCGAAAAGUAAUCUUCAGAGGUCCUCAAUCUUAUUCUGGUUACAGAGGAAGCGGAGGCGGUGAAGUGCGACACGCAGGACCAGCUGCUCGCAGAGUUGAUAUUAGUAAUGUUCAACUGUAUGGUGCUAGGAAGAAUGAUGCAACAUAUCGUGAAGGUUUACAGGAAUUAGCUGGAUUAAUGUAA